CUCCCCGCUCCUUCGUCAGUCACCCCCACCGCGUCCUGUUUGUUGUUGUUUUGCUUGCUCCUGUGUGCCGUUUGCUCCCUCUUGCCACUCUAUUGUUCUUGCUCUUGCUCUUGUAUUUGAUUUGUGACUAGUGCCAUCUUGAGGAUUAAAAAAUGACGCUUCAUUGCCUUAAACCUUGUCCACCAGAAAGAAUACUAGUUUGUAUCGAUGCUGUUGAAGACAAGCCCAUUCGGAGUCUUAAUCACCAUGUUAAGCAGCUUUCAACGUUUGACACAGUGAAGAAUUGUGCUGAGCUUUUCAUUACCACUAAGUCAUUGAUGAACCCAGAACAUCAGUUUGCUGUAUGUCAAUUCAAGGCUCAACUGAUCCUUAUAACUGGAUUUCAUUCAAGAGUUGGCGAUCACUUAAAAGUAAUCCAUGGAGCUAUUCCAAACCAGGCGACUGAUAACCCUUACCCUUAUCGACUAAGCGCCCUUUUAAAGACUAUACAUGAGAAAGCAGUCAAGGAAGAAGAUAACGAACGUCCACUUCACGUAGUAAUUUUCUAUGGGCGUUCUGGCAGCUGCAUUUUGGAUGAAAAUGUACUUUCACCCUACAAAAAUGUUGUUAUUGACAUACUGUAUCUUCAUAAACCUCUAUUAUCUGCCAAAGAAAAGAAAAGAAUCAUUGCCAACUUGGUUGAGUUGAAGAAAUGUUUAUCUGAAAAGUCAGUGUGCUCAGUGGCCUUGAAUGAUAAUCUUCUGGCCUACAAGUAUACCAUGAAUUUUCUCAUGCACCCUAAUCAAAGAGUUCCUAUUUUAAAGGAAGAGGACUUAUCUCAAGUUUAUCAAUCCGAUUCCGAUUAAUUUUCUAAUCUUAAAAUUUAUUUGUUAUAUGAUUAAACAAAAAUAUGUUGAUUUGAUUCUGUUCAGUUUAAGUACAAGAAAAAACAUUCAUGCUUGCAAUAAAUAGUUUUCCUGAGCUAUAAA